AUGAUUCUUGAUGCCAUGGACAGGAAAGAAUUGACUACAGUUGUGUUAUUAGACUUGUCGAAAGCGGUCGAUAGCAUUGAACAUUCGUUGCUAUUCAAAAAACUGCAUUCAAUGGGCGUGUAUGGGAAAGCUGUGGAUUGGUUUAAGAGUUACCUCUCAGACAGAACUCAAUCUGUGAGGAUUGGUCAUAUACUAUCAGAAGCUCGUGCGAUAACACACGGUGUGCCUCAAGGUUCAAUACUUGGUCCAGCGUUAUUUAGUAUUUAUAUAAACGAUCUUCCAACUACUCCCAUUAUAUGUCCUUUAGAAUCGUAUGUAUAG